UGUUCGGCUGACAGUCUACGUCCCGCCCCCAAGCGUCUGACGUCACUGCCCGACGUCGGACCGGACUGUUUGUUCUGGAUUUGGGGCGAGAAGGUCUGCGACGCGCGGACGGGCGACCGAAGACAGUAAAGGUGGGACGCACAUUCCUCGAUCUGGCCGUACAGGAAAUCUCCGCCUGCUCGGCCGAGCUAUGAUCGCACAUCUGGAUUAAACCACAGCUGUACAGCGACAAACAUAGACCCAAGUGAGGACUGUAAUGGCCUGAGGGCCCCCCCCCUCCCACCGGGCCCCGCCAUGUCCUAUCCGCUCAAACUGUCUGCUCAGUCACUGCAAGCCUCCACGGCGAUGGGAGACGGGCCGGAGGCCGGCAGCAGCCACAACCCCCCCCCGGCCCCCCCGCCCCUGGCCUUCAACGCCGCGCCCCCCGAAAUAUGGAGCCCCUCCCGACCCAAGCGACAGACCAACCAGCUGCAGUUCCUGCUCAAAGAGGUGCUGAAGACGCUGUGGAAACACAACUUUGCGUGGCCCUUCCAGGCUCCCGUAGACACCAUCAAGCUGGGCUUACCUGACUACUACAAGAUCAUCAAGAUCCCCAUGGACAUGGGCACCAUAAAGAAGCGCCUGGAGAACCACCACUACUGGAACGCCCACGAGUGCAUCCAGGACUUCAACACCAUGUUCACCAACUGCUACAUCUACAACAAGCCCGGCGAUGACAUCGUCCUGAUGGCGAAGGCCCUGGAGAAGGUCUUCCUCCACAAGAUCACGGAGAUGCCGCAGGAGGAGACUGAGAUCGCCGUGGUCACCAAGGGCCGGCGUGGGGGCCGGCGGGAGCCAGGUUUGACCACCAAGUCGGAUUCGGGGCAGGACUCGUCGUCCCCCUGCACCACCCCCCACGCCCCCCGGGGCUUCUCGUCUCCCUCCAACACGCCGCAGACCCGCGCUGUGCCCCCCGCCCAGGGCCCCCCCGCCCUGACCCUGUCUCAGCCCCCGCGGGGGACCCCCACGCCCAGCUCCCACGCACCCCACCUGGGCCCCCCGUUCCCCCUCUCCACGCCGGCUCAGGGCGUGACCUCCGUCCCCCCUCUGACGCACCCGGGCCUCCCCCCUGCUCCCGCGCUGCAGAGCCCCCCCGCCCUCAUCAAGCAGAGGAAGAGCCAGAAGAGGAAAGCUGACACCACCACGCCCACCGCCAACGACCAGCUGAGCGCGUCCCCCCCCGUCUGUGCUGAGGCUCGGCCGUGGCGGGACAGCAUCCGCCCAUCCAAGACGCCCAAAAAAGACACGUCGCAGCCGGACUCCCAGCACCACGCGGGAGGCGGGUCGGAGCGGGCGGCGGCGGCGGCGGCGGCCGGCCAGAAGCGGCAGGAGCAGAUGCGUUGCUGCGCGCGGCUCGUCAGGGAGAUGCUCUCCAAGAAGCACGUGGGCUACGCGUGGCCCUUCUACAAGCCCGUGGACGCCAAGGCCCUCGGCCUCCAUGACUACCACGACAUCAUCAAGCACCCCAUGGACCUCAGCAACAUCAAGAGGAAGCUGGACACGCGGCAGUACAGAGACGCUCAGGAGUUUGCAGCAGACGUCCGCUUGAUGUUCUCCAACUGUUACAAGUACAACCCCCCCGAACACGACGUGGUGGGCAUGGCGCGCAAGCUACAGGACGUGUUCGAGAUGCGUUUUGCCAAAAUGCCAGACGAGCCGGAGGAGGCGGCCCCCGUUCCCACCCCGUCGUCGGCCCUCCACCCCGCCGCCCUCUCGGCCCGGCAAGCCCCGCCUCUUCCUGGCAUCUCCGACAACUACAGCUCGGAGUCCGAGUCCUCGGGGGGCGACUCGGAGCACGAGAGGCAGCACCGACUGGCCGAGUUACAGGAACAGCUUAAAGCUGUGCACGAGCAGCUGGCGGCGCUCUCGCAGCCCCCCGCCUGCAAACCCAAAAAGAAGGAGAGGGAGAAGAAGAAGGAGCGGCAAAAAAAGAAGAUGGCGGAGGAACCUGCGGAGGCCCCGCCCCCCUCCGUGACCCUCACGACCGCCAAGAAGAUCAAGAGCAGCAAGGAGCCCGUUGCCGUGAGGAAGGAGAGGAAGAAGCCCAGGAAGGAUGUUAAGAACAUCCGACCGCUCGCCCCCCCCCCCGCCUGAGCCGACGCCCCUGGUCCCCCUCGGCCUCGCUGGAGGCAGAAGAAGAUCCGGGUGUGUUUGGGGGCGUGUCCUCCGACCGGUGCACGCCCAUGUCCUACGAGGAGAAGCGCCAGCUGAGCCUGGACAUCAACAAGCUGCCCGGAGACAAACUGGGCCGCGUGGUUCACAUCAUCCAGACCAGGGAGCCGUCCC